UCUAGAAAUUUCUUUAAAAGUCUGACCAACUAUCAGUCAAGGGUUGCUUUUUGGAUUCUUGUAAGACUAGUCUAUGCUGUUUAUGCAAUCUUGUGAUCUCAUUCGUCUUCUGAUUGCAUUUUUCAGAGUCUGGAAGAAUGAUGAGGCGAGUGACAAAGAAGUUGAUUUUGGGAAUUUUUGUGAUUUGCAUCAUGGGUUUCUACUGUUUUGUUGCUCCAGCACUCCUGGCCACACACAGUGUUCUUCUGGCUGCAUGUGCACCAAACAUUCAAGUGUGGAACAAGAGCAUCAGAGAAGAUGUGGCCUGUACGCCUAAAGUCAACCUGAUGUUCAUGAAGACCCACAAGACGGCCAGCAGCACUUUGAUGAACAUUCUCCUCCGGUUUGGAGAAAAGCAUCAGUUGAAGUUCGCUCUCCCAGACGGCCGUAAUGACUUUUCCUACCCAUCUAGCUUCUUUCGAACUCAAGUGAAGAGCUACCAGCCGGGCUCGUGCUAUAACAUCGUGUGCAAUCACAUGCGAUUCAACGCACCCGAAGUGAAGAAGCUCCUCCCAGCGGACGCCUUCUUCUUCACCAUCCUACGAGAUCCCGCAGAGCUCUUUGAGUCAACGUUUCACUACUACAAAGGUUACAUACCCCAAACAUGGAGAAUCCCUGGAGAAAACCAACUUAAAGAGUUUCUCGCCCACCCAAACCGCUACUUCAACCCAAAGGGAAUCAACGCCUUUUACCUCAGGAACCUACAGUUUUUUGACUUUGGCUUUGAGAACAAUUUGGAGGCUGGAGAUCCAAGAGUUCAACAGGGCAUUGAAUAUGUCGAAAAGCACUUUCGACUUGUUUUAAUAUCAGACUACUUUGACGAGUCUCUCAUUCUGCUGAAAGAUGCUCUAUGCUGGCAGAUGGAUGACUUGCUGUUUUUUAAGCUUAACGCUCGAAAUGUCACGACUCUCAUGAGCCCGGAGCUGAAGACUCAAGCUCGGCAAUGGAACGACGCCGACUGGCAGCUCUAUCGGCAUUUUAACGCCACCUUCUGGGCCCGUGUGGAGGCCUACGGCCGGACCCGAAUGGAGCAGCAUGUGAGGGAGCUGCGCGGGAGAAACGCAGAGAUGGAGGCCAUCUGCAUUGACGGCAGGGGAGCCGUGGAGGCUAAGGACAUCACGGACAGACACAUGAAGCCCUGGCAGCCCAUUGGAAAAGCUUCCAUAUUAGGCUACAACCUGAGGACCGAUAUUGACCAACAGUACCAAGAGCUCUGCAGGAAAAUGCUGACACCUGAGAUCCAGUAUUUGACUAAUUUAGGAGUCAAUCUAUGGAUCACUAGAUUGUGGGGCUGGUUUAAGGAUAGUAUUGUUCAGUUUGUUUAAUUGUUUCAUAUGGAUUUUAAUAUUCAUACUAAAUUAAUAGCUAUUUAUGUUUAA